AUGUACAAUGAAGAUCGAAGCUUCCGAGCAUCAAAAUCCGCAACUGACCACCAACCCCAGCCUAAGCCACAACAAUUUCCCAAACUACAUCCACCAAAAUGGCUACUUCCGGUUUGGGAUGACGUCACAGAAAAAUACGUGAUUAGGGAUGUCAGCGCUGAUGAAAUAACUCAAAAGCUUUAUCGCAUUUCAAAUUGCUCGAAGUUCAUAGUGAAAAAUGUGGGAUAUAAAUAUUCCAGAGUGGAAAAACCCGAAUAUCCGGAAUUUCUGAAUUCCGGGUGGACGAAAGUAGUUCAUAAAUUUAUAAAUGCAGACGGCAAAGUUGUGGCGCUAAAAUCUUUCAACAGCGCCGGAAAUGACGUAAUGAUUUGUUACCAAAAAUCAAAAAAUAACACCAAACGGUAUCAUCAAAAUUCAUUUUUCAACAAUAUGGUUUUCAGCGCCAAACCUUCUGACGACAACGGAAACAGUAGCAACAACAUAAAUAAUAACAUUAAUAACAAUACUGAUACUCAAUUUGAUGGUGAUGACGAAGACGACGACGACGAAACGAGCCACGAAAAUGUGGAAAUGAUGAUGAGAUGCAUGAAGACAGUUAAAUGGAAGUUGUAUAAGGAAGCUUACAUCAUGCAUAUUAUGGAUCAUCAUUCUGUAGCCAAGCUGGAGGAUUUGUGCAUUACAAAUUUCAACAAUUUUACAUCGGCACCAUCAUCGUCGCCACCAUCAUCAUCAUCAUCUGCACUCAUUUACUCAACAAAACUCGGUGAGGAAGUGACGUUGAUAAAAUUGUUGCAGCUCUCCUGGGAAGAUAGACUGAAAAUUUGCUACGGAGUCACAAAAUUGUUAAAUUACUUCCAUCAGAGCAACAAUGCAUUCCGUAGAACAAUCCUCAUCAAUGAUUUCAGACGCGAGCAGUUCGUCAUCGUCAAUAAUGACGUCAUAAUCAGUGACCUUGAUGAUUUCACGUUUGAAGGUCAAACGUGCUUGAAGGAUGAAGACUGUUUUGUGAGAGGACACAACUUUUCCAUCGCCUGCCACGAGGGCACCUGUCUUAACUGGGCGGAUACAAAAAACAUCCUUGACGCCGGGUCCCACUUCAUCAACAUCCUCCUUCUCCCUGGUUCGCCCACUCGCAUGAAGCAACUCGCCAGCGAAAUCGUCCAAAAGUUUCAGAAUCCAGUUAACGCGAGUUCACCUCAGCUCUUGAGCAUGAUGGAAAACUUGGUGAAAGUUUAUUCUGGAGGGUUGUACCUCACGAGAAACGUCAGUAACGAUGGAGACGUUCAUCUUUCUAAAACUAAUAGAAAUGCUGGUCGCUACAGGGUGAAACCAGGCUAUGACCUUCCGGGUCAUCACGACUACCAAUGUAGCUUCACCCGGAACAUGAUUGGCUGCACUCUGACCGUGCAUGACGUCAUCGAAGCAGAGGAGAUGUGCGAGGCGGAGAAGGAUUGCGUGGCGUUCGUCCUCUCACCUCUCAGAUCAUGGACCGAUCGUAGAUACGUGCACCUGAAGAACAACAUCACUAAAGAAACAUUAAAAAAAGUCAGCGGUGGCUACCUCACCUACUUCAAAAAUCACAUCCAUAUAUAAAUGCACACCUACAAAAACUCACAUACACACGCGCACACACACACACACACACAUUUCAUCUGACUAAGUUAUAAAUUUCUAACUGAGUUCUUCUUCUUCUCUAUUUUUUUUAUAAUUUUUAAUUUUUUUUUAGACGCAAAUUUCUAAUUUUAUUUUCUUUUAUUUAUCUUUUAUUUCUGCUAAAUCAAAAAUUUUAUUUUCUAUAAGCAGGGUAACAUAGAAAAUAUUGUACAUAAGCGCAUAUUUUAUUGUCGAUUUAACUGAUAUUUUCAUACAAAUUACAUUUUGAAUUAAUAAUAAUACUAAUAACGAGAAUAAUAAUACAAAUAAUAAAAAUUAAUAUGCUAUUAUGUUUAUUUUUUUCGUUUAUGUUGAUGUUUUUCGUUUAUGUUUAUUCUUUUUGUUUGUUUUUUUAGUAUCUG